GCUUGGCGGUGGGACUUCGGAGUAUUGAAACUAACAUCAACAACAACACUUGAGACAAUAACAACAACUGCGCUCUUUAAAGAUAUUCUAUUUAAUCUUAUCUCUUCUCUACCUCCUAUGUGACAAGCACCACGCCUCAGAAAUGUCAUAUCUUGGGAUUUGCACAGUCCGCUUUUCUGUACCAAAGUACUCCUUGUAGCUUGAGUGCUACCUCUCUUUUUGUGUGGGUGUUCAUGGUUUGGCCCGCUACAAGGACACUCGGGCCAGGGGCGGUUAUUCUAACCGCUCGACCAAUUUCGAGGCCCUGGCAGUCGCCCUUGGCAAAAGGUUGUCACAAUGCGGCCAAUUAUUGCCGAACAACCUUGCCUGGCGGCUCUGAAGUUGUGAUCGGAAGACAUCAGCCAAUCUUUUUGGCUGUGCCACAGGACAAUGCCAGCAAGCUGUAGUUAGACGCUGAACUGGCGACAGACAAGACACAGCUGACACGCACAGCUUCAGAACCAAGAUCGCCUGUGAAUGUCUCUCAGAUAAUGGGAGCCGAUUAGUCUUUCCUAUUGGUACCCCUGUGUGAACAUGGAAGCGCUCUUAUCCUUGGUAAACCUAUUGAAUAUGGACAUUAUCUGCUAAACAUGCUACAUCGUACCACAAGCGAGAAGUUUCGGAGUGAUGCUAUUCUGGCAGGUCUCCUCGGGGGCCCAUAUGUCUUUGUCAGUCUGAAGGGAUUUUACUUUAAAAGAAAGGCAUCUCCCAUCAGUCAGUCAGCUUCAUGUCUUCCCAGGUACUCGAGCUUUAUGUAGCAUAUGGCCAACGUCGAGGGAAUGAUGUACUUCACUGGAUCAUCUUGGCUGUCCCGGAGAAUAGCGACCGUUGCACCUACUAUCACGUCACCGGCGGGCCAACGCAAGGAACCGAUUAUGUCUUGCAGAUCGAAGCAAAUAAGAGGGUCAAUAGUAACGGCAUUGCAUCCACUGAGCAUAUCGGAACCAUUAAAAAGAGCGAUGUCAAUAAGUUGAAAGCUUCUGCACAGAAGAUCGCGCCUCAGUUCUGCCAGUCUUGGGCUGUUGAGGUUCUUGGCGACCUCGAGCGGAAGGGCUUGGUUGCCAAUGGUACAAAGGAGACUUUGCAAGCAAAGAUGGAACGUGAUCCCCAUGCUCAGGGUGCAGCGACUGCGGCAGGGGGAAGUGACACGAAUGUAUGGGAUGAAGAUCAGCAGAGAUGGCGCCGCUGGGAUGGUGUUCAAUGGGUGUGGCUAUAG